CAAUUAAAGAUGAGCUUCAAAAGGAUUCACAAUCGCCAGUGGUUGGUUUGGCUUUUUUCGGCCAAGCUGAAACUGCCAAAGCGAUGUUCGAUUACCUUGAGAUCGAGCUCAGCAACUUCCAGAUGAUAGUUUCUGAGUCCAUUGGUGAAAGUGAGUCAUAUUUGAUGAAGUCUGACGGAAGCGUGUACCCAUUAGCUAAGGGACUUCUCACCCCAAGUCCUCCAUACUAUGAUGUCGAGCUGUUCCAACUACACUGGCAGUCGCUUCAUACCCAAGGCAAUGUUAUGCGAGAAUACAUACAAGAUGAUGAUUGGCUGUUGAAAUACAUGGAACAAGUAACCAAGUGUUCCCUGGCAAAUGAAACAAAUAUUCCACCAUCCUGUAUUCAACGGUCCACAGAUUCAGUACAAAAUGCCAAACUCUCCAUCUACACCAACUACGCACUGAUGGCUGCAGCCGCCUUUGCAAAGACAUACAAGACAUUAUAUGAGUUGAAAUGUCCUCAACAAACAGGUGUAUGCAAGGAUGUGGAUGAUUAUAUCUCCAACAAGGCCAAGUUUAUUGAGGAAAUGGCUGCAGUAGAAGUCAACCCUGUCGUUGAAUUUACCGAGCUGUCACCCUUUCGGUUGAAGUUUGGAUUCAGGAAUGGAGAGCUUAUGUACACGGAAAUGGGAAACUAUUCCACGUACAUUGUUAACAAUUACCAGCAAUGCGACACUAAGUUUUGUCAUGUGCAGGUUGCGGAUUACGAUGGUGCAAACCUGACUGUAUCGACGGACCGCAUCAGGUCCUAUAGAAGAAAUGGUGAUGAAGUUAUAGGGCCUGUAGCUGCCCAGUGUCAACAGCCGUAUACCUGUGAUAAGUGCAGUCGAACCAUCACCCCUACAGAUGUGUUAUACAUUCCUGGAGACUACUACAUAGUAGGACUUGUCCCUAUCCACAACAAGAAACAAGAUGACCCUCUGCAGUGUGGUGAACUACGGACCGCCGACAGUGUGGACAUUGCAGAAAGUAUUUCAUUUGCGAUUAAGAGAGCCAACUCGCAGAAAACUACAUACAUAUCGGCCUUCGGGGAAAAAACAGUUGGUUUGGUUCUGAUUGACACUUGCAAUAAUCCCUUUCAGGCUAGAGAACAAAUCAUACAGUUGCAUCGAGGUGAAUUGAAAUUGUCAUCUAAACUUAACAGUUCCAUGCUUGUUAAUAGAAUAAUUGGAUACGUUGGGCCAUACGGUAGCUCUGUGUCAGUGCCAGUGUCGACUCUCUUGGCUGAGAUAGAUGAGCUAGUAAUUGCAUUUGCUGCAAGCUCUGUUGUCCUCAGUGACAGAACCUUGCAUCCGACAUUCAUGAGACCAGUUUCUCCUGACAACAAGCAAGCUGAUGUUAUAAUGCAUCUUGCUAAGAUUCUUGGUGCCAAGUAUGUUCAGAUACUGUAUACAGAUGAAGUGUAUGGCAUCACGGGGAAGGAAGCGUUAGAAAAGUCCGCAAAGAUCCACAAAGUCUGCAUCGCUCAAUCUCUUAAGAUACUGGAUUCAACUGCUUCUUCGAACUCCGUGGGCUACGUUUCUGAGUUGAGGAAGUUUCGCCAUGCCAGGAUGGUUAUCGUGUUUGUGAGGUCACACGUGGCACCUAUUCUAAUGACUGCACUCAAUAAGGAGGUAGACAAUGGGGAGUUCGUCUUCAUUGGCGGAGAAAGUUGGGGAAAACGUCCACAGGUCCUGACGAAUAACUUUCAAAUUCGUGGCAGCUUGACCAUAGGGCAAGAUCUACCGCGGAACACGGCAUUUGAAGACCAUUACCGUGAAAUUGAUCUCGAGCAAACAGAAAACCCAUGGCUGCAAGAAUACUUAGAAGAACGUAACGAAUGCUAUUACCCUUUGAGUUUUAAGAAGAAAAACACACACCAAUGUAGCCCUACCGUCUUAGAAGCAUACCGUCCGACAGACACAUGGGUGCCGUUUGCCAUAAAUGCUGCGCAUGCUCUUAUAAUUGGAUUUAAUCAAAUUCUGGAAGACACUUGCUUUGGGUCUUUCCCAAAUUGCCCCGAAUAUUCCACUGCUAAGCUAAUAGAAAAGGUUAAAGCUGUUCGCCUUGACAUGUAUUACGAUGGCAGAAAUGUUCGUGUGUUCGACGACAAUGGUGAAGGGAAUGUAGCUUACACAAUUUAUCAGAUUAUCAGAGAAGGGAGUGCCCUUAGUUACAAAAGGAUUGGAACGUCUGAAAAUGGGGUGCAGUUUGUGGUUUCAAACUUGGAUACGUCGUUUGAAGUGGACCUGUCAUCUAGUUGUCAGAACGAUGUUGACUGUGGCAUAUGCUCCAGACAAUUCAACAAAUCUGGUUUAAGCGACCCCGUGAACAGUGACAAUGUGCCAGCUAUCAUUCUUGGCGCGUUCGUGGCUGUGUUGGUGAUCGUGGUCAUAGCACUGGUGGUUGUGUUGGUCAAGACGCGUCGUAGAGCAGCUUCCACGGACGCAUUGGGAUCUGGCCAAGGCGAUGAUUACCAUGAACUUGAUCUUGUGGCUCACAGUCGAUCACCAGCCCAGUGUAAGGGACCUCCAAAGCCCAACUAUAGGCACGUGCAAGGAGAACACACAGUUUCAAAUGUGUACCUGACAGCCAUCCCAGGAACGCCUGAGCUUCGAGGUCGGUCCGUUCGUAAACCAGCUGGAGAAGACGGUGAAAACUCUCCCGGUGCAGUGAAUGAGAGCAUGGUGAUCGACGAAGCGGGCACAACAACAUAGAGGUGGCUGUGGACUACAGUACUGUGUUACCGUGUGUCCAUACGGAUAUCUGGGAGCGAGACUCAGUGAUGUUACUCUCAAUCUAUAUAUUUUCAUUCGAACUCAAAGAAUAUUUACUGUGUUAACUGGCUCCCGUUACAGUAUGGCCCCACAAAUGCCACCAUAUUGUCCUAUGAUAUGUCUAACAGUAUGACCAUAACAUGAUUAUGCAGAUGUGUUUGGUGCUAAAAACGUUUAGAAAAUGUGGACCAUUUUACAUGUUUUUAUAUAUACAAUAUUUUUAUAACGGAUAUAGAUUUAAUGUACCCGUGAUUUAUGGUAUUGGUAGAACGAUUGUAUACACAUCUAUGCAGUGCUUUGGGAUGUGCAUAGUGUGAAGGUAUUAAUCAAUAUUCCUUACUAAUUCUUUUUUUUUUUAUUUUUAUUCAGCCUCGGUA